AUGGUGCGCAAACUUAUAUAUCAGUUAACACUAAUUGUAAUCAACAUACAUCAAAUAAUAUGUGUGCAUAUGAGACGACCAAUCUACAAUAUCGGUCAUAUGGUGAACACAAUUGACCAGGUGGACAGUUAUAUUGAAAAGGGUGCGAACGCCAUCGAGGUUGACGUCCAGUUUGUGGCCGACGGCACACCCGUCCACAUGUUUCACGGCAUUCCCUGCGAUUGUCUCCGCGAUUGUAGCAAAUGGUCACCAUUUGAACAGUACAUACAACACAUACGUGACAUCUCUACACCCGACCACAUUAAAUAUAAGGAGCGUUUUGUGCUAUUAAUACUGGACCUCAAAACUGAAAACAUGCCGCCAAUUAUUAAAAGUAUGGCCGGAGAAAAGCUAUUUAACUCGUUGUUAGAGCACCUAUUUAACCAUGGUUACGUGCUGACCAGGGUCAAUAUCUUACUCACGAUACAACGGGUCACCGACGAGCCCCUUAUGGACGGCUUUAUACACGCCAUGGAUAGUCUCGGGUUAAGUCACUUAAACAAACACAUUGGUUGGGACGUCAGCGCCAAUGAAGCGCUGGAUGUCAUAAGUACAAUGUAUCACAGACGGCUACCCCGUACGGCCAAUGUAUGGCAGAGCGACGGCAUAACCAAUUGUGUCAGUUUUAUUUACCCGACGGACAGACUCCGGGCGGCCAUACAAUUGCGCGACCAGUUUCGCAGGCCAUACAUGACCAAAGUGUACCGGUGGACAAUUGACAUGCCAUUUGUGGCCAGGGACACUUUUAGGCUAGGUGUAGAUGGCAUACUGACAAACUACCCUGACCGAAUAGCCACCAUAUUAAACGAGGACGAAUUUUACAAUGAUCUACGUCUGGCCAAUCACACGGAUGAUCCCUGGGCUAGAUAUGAUGGCCCACAUCGAUUGAGUCCGCCGACAAAUCACCUACAACGAUUGCACAAUUUAUACUCUAUAAUAAUUAGUUUAGGUAGGAAUUAA